AAAUUUUGUAAGAUAUAAAAUUCAAAUAUGGCGUUGACGAAGGAGUGAACUAUUUUAUGGAAAUUAUCAUUUCCUCUGUCAACCUGUUGAACAUUUGAAUGACAGACUAUGGAAGAAUUAGACAUUGUCAGUCGGCCAACCUUUAUACCACUUGUUGGAAAUGUUUACGCCUCUUGGGGAGGUGAAAAUUCUAUUUGGGCCUUUGCUGGACAGCCUAAAUUGGAAUAUGAACGUUUAAAUGCAUCUCCAUCUUCAAACACAAUCUACCAAAUGAGAAUGGACGCUGACUUGCAAAACAAAACAACAAGAAGAUUAAUCAACGAGACUUAUGCUAUAUUUCUGGACUUGCAACAACUUGACAAAGCUCCUUCACAAACAAAAAAUGCAAGCCUGGUAACAUUCAGCCGCAGAUAUCGAGCAGUCUUGAGAGCUUGCUUACUUGGAUUUAAACAAGAUGAUCCAAAUGCCAUGACAGACAAUGAUGAAUAUGACCAGAUACAACUGCUAAGUUUUAUUGAACUGGUCUGGCAUCUAUGUGAAAUCUUGUUGAUUGAAAAAUUACCAGGCGGUGUUGUAUUGCAACAUUUACUUGAUUGGGUAAAAUGGCACUGUCAUACGGCUGACAACGUCACGAGGGAAGUUGCUGAAUCAGCAAACCCAUCAGAAUGUCACAAUUAUUGGCGGGCCAUUUAUUAUUUACUGUUUCAAGGACGCAUAAAAGAAGCAAGAGAAUUGUUAUCACAACAUCACGACAGAAAUCCAGAUGGACAAGAUGAAUUUGCGAUAGUGGAUGAUCUCUUAAAGAAAAUGCCAUCGUUUAAGUCAUUCGUUGGCCAUUCUGAGUUUGCGAUGAAGUGGAACUAUUGGAGGCAGGAAUGCCAGAGUAAAUGUUCUUUUGGUGAUUUGGCGUCUUAUCCACAAUUACAAUUGAUUGCACAGAUUCUUUGCGGAGAUAACAAGGCAUUUGUUGAAGUAAAAGGCAUUUGUGAGGAUCUAUCUUGGUAUGAAUUGAUGGUUGCAAAGCUCCUGUACUCUAACCCUAACAUCAAAUCGUACGAGCUACAAUAUCAUACAAAGUUUUGUAUCGAUCUUUGUGGAGGAAAGAAUUCACUUCAACUGUGGCACAUGAUUCUCUUAGCAGCAAUCGAGUUUGAUGUUCAUGCUGUCAUCAAGAUAAGCAGCGAAUGUUUUGGUAAUUGGUGGUUCGUUGCUCAUAUCGUGGAUUUAUUUCACCACUGUAAUCAACUGGAUAACCAUCAAACACAAGGUGUGUAUCAAGUUGACUUGAGGGAAUUUCUUCUCUUGGAAUAUGCGUCAAGUCUGAUGUCGCACGAAAGUCUUUGGCAAGUUGCUUCGGAAUACUUUCUAAGCUGUCCAACCAGUGGAAGGCAUUACUUGGAAGAGUACAUCGAGAGAAUACCAAUAGAGACGGAAACAAAAGCUUUCAAAGUUUUACAUCUUUGUCAAAAAAAUGACUUUUCAAAACAAGCUUUAGGCAUAUGCAGAGAAAUGGCCAUGACUGCAUAUCAUAAUCACAGAUUAGGAUCAGCUUUAUCAUGGGCGAUUAAAGCCAAGGAUCCAGCAUUCGCUUCCUUUAUUGCAGAAAGGUUUAUGGACGAUUAUUUCGACAAAGGAGAAUUUCCAAGUUUAGAUCUCAUCGAUAAUUUAGGAUCGUCAAUGCUUCUUUGCGACAAAUUAACCUUUCUCGGGAAAUAUCGUGAAUUUCAUAUAAUGUAUGGCAACGGAGAUUUCAGUGAUGCUGCCGGCCUUUUGGUGUCUUUAUUAACCUCACAACUUGCUCCAAAACGAAUUUGGUUGUCUUUGUUGACAGACGCCUUGCCCCUUUUGGAGCAUGACCAGAUCGUUUUCACAACUUCUCAAACCCACGAGCUGAUGCGGUGUUUGGAAGAGCUCAGACUAUCCUUUAGGUCAGCGGACUAUCUUGGAAAUACACAGUCGACAAUUAAUGACGAGAUGGAGAAAGGUAGCUUGGAGUCGUCAUGGAGUGACAAGAUUUCAGAGCAAGAUAAAUUAGGUCUAUUUCAACCGAUUCGCCUCGCUCUGGCAAGAAAUCUUGCUCGCUCUCUUUUGGUGGAUGACUGAUGAAAAAUAACAUUUUAGCACUAUUUAUUCCAUCAUUGUUUACUGUGUAAAACAAUUCGUUGUCAUUUUGCAUUCUAUAAUUUUAUAAAUAGUAAAAGCAUGUAAAAUGAAUAAAUCUCUUUUCUGGAACACA